CGUGGCAGCGGUGUUUAUAGGAGGGCGUACAGCCCGGCGGAGCAGCGUUGGCGGGAGAGCCGGCGGUCGGUCGGUCAGUCGGUCAGCCAGCCUCGCCACCAUGCUCAUCGUCGCCCUGCUCGGUCUGUUUCAGGCGGCGUCCGGUUACAAACUCGACUUGGAGAAGCCGCCGGGACUGGCCCGGGGCAGAGUGGAGACCUGCGGAGGGUGACAGUUGACAGUCCUCACAGAGGUGAAGGCUUUCGUUCAGGAAGACUUGCCUCUUUACCACAACUUGGUGUUGAAGUACAUCCCAGGAGCGACCCCUGAGCUCCUGCUGCUGAACUACAGUCUUGAAGAACUGGAUCGAGUUAACCUUAUGCCUAUGACCAGGAAAGAGAUCAACGAAUUACUGCUGAAACUGGGAUUUUAUAAGAAGGAGAGUCCCAAUGCGCCAGUGCCACCCGAAUUCCUCCAUGCACCAAUGGCAGGAAAACCUGUCAGCCAAACUGUGGCCAAACCCUUUCAAGAAGUUGUGACUGAGAAAUCGGAAGAGUCUGAUGAGUUGAAGCAAGAUCUGUAGAUGAUUGUUGUAGUGUUAUUGCUUUGUCUCCUAAUCACAGGGCAGGUACAAGUGAAUUGUAAAUCUAAUGGUUCUUGUUUUGGUUUGAGUCUUGAGUUCUCAUUACUAUCUGUCUGCUAGCAACACCUUGUUUCUUUUUAAUUUCCACUAAUGGGCAUAUUGCCUCUAGCCUCCUGUUGAUGGAUUCGGUUUGGCUGGUUUACUGGGGUCAGUUGAUGUUCAUGGAAUUAUCACAAGCAGCAGAACUGGUUAAUUGCUUCGUGGAGUCUUCCCCAGACCAUGCCCCAUGAUCUGCUGUGUGCAAUCUAAAUACCCAACUCUAGGGGCUAAAUACCCCCCUCAAACUAGCAGGGUCCCAGCUUCUGCCCUGAUGUGUGUAAAGUUAGCUAACGGUCAGGGUGUCACACUUAGUAGUAGCCUCUCUGCUUUCCGUAUGCUGAGCACCACCCUGGAGACUGUCUGCACACUGGGGAAGGAUUGGAUUGUGAAGAUCUUACUGUCCAGCUGCUCUCGGAGGUGGGAAUUACACUUGUACAAAAGCAACGGUAAGGGGCUCUGGGCCAGGAAAGAACAAAUAGCUGGAAAAUGAAAGUCAGGAUAUCUAAGUAAGGAUCUGACUAUUAAACCUGUGAAUGGUGUGAAGGGAGGGUGGGGUCUACUGAUUAUUACUGCCACCACAUUGUUUUACUCAGUUUUUCCUCCAACCUGGUCUAAUGCCAGCAGUUCUUGGCUCUUUGUAGACAACAGGGGGUGCUGGAGACUGAAAUGUGUAUAUUUGGUCCUCAUGCCUUCUGCACCCACUCCUGGCCUUUCACCGUUUGAUCGCAGUAAAACAUCAUUUGCCAGUGGCCAGAUAUCUGGAAUGCUCUGUUCAGAGAAUGAAGAGGGGUUUUAUUGCUGUUUUACUGGAGAUAUUGUUUCUCUCCCGUCCCGGUGCUGGGGAUAGAGGGUUGGCUGACCUUGAACAGAGAUGUGGCAUUUCAUCACUUUAACUGCUCACCAGUAUCUAUACCAGAGGUGAAACCCUCAGCUGCAACAUUGUUUACUUUGCUUCUAGGUUUUAAACUUGGCAUUCCACUUAAGGGAAGGGAAAUGGAAACAAAUAUUUUUUUCAAUUACAAUCAGUGAUUUUUGUUAAUAUGUGUAACUGAGAUGUUAAUGGAGAAUGUGUCGACCUUGCUGUUAGCUGACCGAGGUUCUACAGAAGAGAUUCCUGCCCAGUCUCAGAUAUCUAUGAUCCAUUCAAAUCAUUCUUAACUUGCAAGAAAAGCAGAAUAUGUUUGAAAUACUCAACAGGUCAGGCAACAUCUGUCUAUGUUUCAGGUCGAUGAUCUUUUAAAUGGCCUGCUGAGCGUGUCAAACAUCUCUGUUUAUUUUGGAUUUCCAGCAGCUGCCAUAUUUUGUUUCUGCUGUUUUAACUUGUAAUUUUUCUUUACAUGCUAUAGCACUUUGAGGUUCCAGAAAUAUUGCAUUUUAUUUCACAGUUCAUUCUGAACCUGCCCGAUGUGACUAAACUUGACAGGCACCUCAGUCUGGGUAGGUGCCAUUUGUACACGAGUGCCCCCUGUUCUCAAGGGAACUGAAUGAAGCUCUCAGCUUAAAGGUAAUCACGCUGAGAGCAGAGGUAGAAUGUUCCCAAGGACUAAAGGCACGGCGUGCAGGGCACCACCAGUCCAAGGUUGGUUUCUGUUCCUGGUUCACAAUAAAAUACAACAAUUCCUA